AUGACAACAUAUGGCGCUACAGCAGAUCUUGAAUUUUUUUCAAUUAUCAGGAUUAUGCGCCUGUUCAAGUUAACUCAGCAUUCGAGUGGCCUCAAAAUUCUUAUGCAUACCUUCAGCGCGGCACACUCACCGGAACUGCAUUUUAGGGCAAGUGCCAAAGAAUUGAUGUUACUGGUAUUUUUUCUGGUCCUUGGCAUCGUUGUAUUCGCCUCAUUGGUUUAUUAUGCAGAGCGCAUCGAAGUGAACCCGGAAAAUCAAUUUCAAAGCAUCCCACUUGGGUUGUGGUGGGCAAUUGUAACGAUGACAACGAUUGGAUACGGAGAUAUGACGCCACACACUUAUCUUGGACGUAUCAUCGGUUCAGUGUGUGCCCUCACAGGCGUACUCACCAUUGCGCUGCCAGUACCAGUGAUAGUGAGUAAUUUUGCAAUGUUUUACUCACAUACACAGGCGCGUUCCAAAAUGCCGAAAAAACGACGCGGUGUGCUAAGUCUGGAUCAGGUAAAACAGCAGCCGGGUAUGGUUCAGAGGCGCGUACAGGCACUUCGAGAGGGUCAGACGAUGAGGGAACCGUUGAUAACAAAAUAUAAUGGUCCACCAUGUGCAGUGGUCAAAUAA